AUGGAGGGAUUUAGAGACGGAGAAGAAGAAGAGCAAGUGAAUCGGAGAUCGGCGUCGGUGAACUCAGGAACGGUGGUUUUAAUCGCCGAUAUACUCAGGGAGAUUGAAGACGACGAGGAAUCAGCGGGUGUGGGAACUUCACGGCGGGUAGAAGAAGGUGACGGUGGAGAGAAGACGCCUCCGCCUCAGCCUCCGUCGUCGGAAUCGGCGGCGAAUCAAACGAACGGAAUUUCGAGUUUUCUGGCUCGGAGCUCGAUGGCGAUGAAGAGAUCUGUUUCGACUGGUAAAUUUGUUUACGAUCGAUCAAGAAAUUACCGUUUACCCAAUUAA